AUGGACAUGAACAAGCCCAUCUUUCCGGCUCCGCCUGGAUAUCUCGUUGAUGUCGAUAACCCGCAAAGAACGGGCGAGGCUGCCAACUUCUGGAUUGGCACAUUGGGCAUGAUUGUUGCCGCCAUCUUCAUGGCUAUACGCGUCUACACGAAAACAAGGCUAGCGAAGAACUUUACACCAGAUGAUAGUAAGCUCUUCAGCAAGGCCCACUCCCACCGUCCCCGAUCUAACAACCUAGCAGUCCAAUACGGCCGCGGCACACUCGGCAUCCACAUCUGGGAACUGACCGGCCAUCGCGUUAACUCUACCAUGAACUUGAUCAGCGUAGCAAGCAUAAUCUACUGCCCCUUCCUCGCGAGCGCCAAGCUCUCCCUCCUCUUCUUCUACCUCCGCCUAUCCCACCUCCGCUGGUUCAAAUCAUGUGUCUACGCAAGCAUGUUCCUCGUUGUUGGAUACAACAUUGCACUUGUCUUCCCCCUCAUCUUCGCUUGUACGCCUUUCAAACGGAACUGGGAUGUUACCAUCACCGAAGGAAGUUGCAUUGAUAGGACACCUCUCUAUAUGGCGACGGCGGUGUUGAACAUGGCUACGGAUAUCUUGUUGCUUGUGCUGCCGGUGCCGAUGGUGGUUAGGUUGCAGAUUCCGAGGGCGCAGAAGAUGGGGUUGAUAUGUAUUUUUGGGGUGGGCUCGCUGUAA